ACGGUUCUUUGCGUUUGGCACUGUUCCUUAACAGCCAUCGCCAUCGCCAUCGCCGUCGCCAUCACCAUCGUCCUGAAAAUACUUGUUGCGCCAUGAGAUGAGGGAGUGGAGAUAUUGGGCAGGACUUGUGCAGCAGUACGUUCUUCUCUGAAGCGCGCAAAUGAUCUUCUGUGACACGUGCUUGCAAGUAUUCUUCGAGGUCUGCUCGGGUUUAGCCGGGCCCUUGUACCAACUGGCCUAGCUCAGUUGGUACACCCCCCCUGGACUGAACUGUUGAAAUGCAGACCUGAGUUCGAACUCCACUCGAGGCGGACGAGUACAGUUCCGAAAUACGCAGGGCCAGUCAGUUGGAUAAUGAUAUCGCGAGGCUGUCACACUUUUUAAAAAGAUUAAAACAAAAAGAAAGGUAGGGCCCUUGUCACGUUCACGUUUACGCAUAAAAAAAAGCCUGCGUUCAUUGAGCACGGCUCAUAACCUUGUAUGUGGAGAAGGGCCCUGUCUGCGGGGAAGGGUAUCUCCCGUCCGCUUGCAGGAGUGCAAGUGAUUGCGUGGCUGUUCUGCAUUUCUGUAGCACGGGUCGUUUGAUUCGACCGUACGUCUGUUCUCCACGCCGUUGCCGUCUAUAUAUGUCCUUUCUCUUGUGGGUCUAAUUUCCCUGUUGUCCAGAAGUCAGCUUGGAAAAUCUACUUAUGGUGCUGCUGGUGGUGGUCCCGAUCGAGGGUAACCGCUGAUGCUGGCAGCUGAGAGCACAAUCUGCUCUGUCAAAAAGGCAGAGUGGAGGGUUGUACUUGCGCGUUUUCGGCUAAGGUUUGCUGCUCUGGUGGCUAUAAGAGCACAAGUUGCACUGUGAAUGAGUUGCUCCUCGUGGUCUCCGUAAAAUCCCUUCUCACAUGUCCACCUUACUGUCUCAGUUAGUCUCAGUUAGUCUCAGUUAGUCUCAGUUAGGUUCAGUUAGGCUCAGUUAGGCUCAGUUAGUCCCAGUUAGUCCCUGUUGGAGUUGCUGGCAUCUAGGAGCACAAUAUGCGCUGUCGGCAAGUCGGCGUGGAGGCUUGUACUUGCACAUUUGUGAGUAAGGUUUAGUGCAUCGGCUUCCAAGAGAGCAAUUUGCACUGGCAAUGAGUAUCUCCUCUGUUCCCUGUUAGUCUCAGUUAGUCUCAGUUAGUCUCAGUUAGUCUCAGUUAGUCUCAGUUGGUCUAACCGAGCGUUGUUGGACCUGGUUCUUCUCAGCAAGUCCCCUCCGGAGGCUCAUUAUGUCGUUUCCGUGGUGUCAGUCAGUCUACAGAACCCUUGCGUAUGGUGGGAUUCCUAGUGAACUCUGCCUCUGGUGAGCUCCUGGACCUAAUGUCUUUUGACCGGCCUACUUGAGUAGGUCUUGCUGGCUUCUGCUUCCGCGCUCUCGGUGCUUUUUUGUGAAAUUUUGACUGACAUUCGCAGGUGUCACGCUUACUGCUUGUGCACGUUUUCUUUCCGGAAGCGUAUUCUCUAUGGUACUUAUUUUGUGUGGGUGUGCGUGUCCUGGCUGUCGCUCGUUAAUUCUCUGCCCCUGGGGACAGCGGAUGGCAUUGUGGAUGGAUAAGCUUUCCAGCCCAAUGUAGUAUGCAGUCUCGCUAUCUCGAUUGGGUAGGCGAGGGGUUCGAUCUUGGCAUUGCGAUGAUGCAGGCCUUGAUUAGAUAGGUAGAGGUUUCGGUCCCAUAUAACAUUGCUUUGGCUUGCGGAAGUUUGAUUGCCUGUCACGAUGCUCGCCUCGCCGGGCCAUUCACCGCGGCUAAUCAGGUCACCUCCAUCCCCGAGUCCCAGCGAUGCGUCCAUCAAUGACAGAUCGCUUAUACCCACGUCGUCAUCUGGGCGACAGCCUGGCUCUAUGGGACCCCCGGCUCCACGUAGGCCACCGCGUAAAGUGCAGGUUGUCCUGGAGGAAGAUGUGUAUGUCGCGGCGUUGGAGAAGAUCAUUGAGCGGGACUUCUUUCCGGACAUUCCUAAGCUCCAGAACUAUCUAGAAUGGACGGAGGCGGUGCGCAGCCGAGAUCCGGAGCAAAUAAGGCAGGUACAGAUGAAGAUAAUGAAGAGAAAGGCGAAGCUGGGAGCGGAAUCGGGAAGUUUUUGUGGAAUCGCCACUCCUUCGUCCGUAGCAAUAGGAUACGACGACUUGCUUCAAACUCCUUCUGUUUGCGGGGCCGUGGGCGCAAGUCCAGCCAUGUCGGUACGGUCGGAUGAUGUCAGGUCAGAGCGAGGUGAACAGAGAGUCAGGGACGACGAAGAGUACGAUGGGGCUGGGGAAGAGGAGGCCGGCGAGGUUCUUUUGCCCGAUGUUGACAUGUCGCUGGACGAGUUCCUCCGGAAGCAUACGAGUGAAGACAACGCUUCAUUCGGUGUGCUGUUGCGAAAGAUGAACAAGCAGAAAAGAGAGAAGUUUGCUUUCCUGCUAGAGAAUGCGGAGCAACCCGUUCCACGACUAGAGGGUGGCGCUGGGGAGACGAGCGACUCGAAGAAGCGGGAGUGGGAGUCAGGGGCUGCUUUACUCAAAGACGAAGCGAACUCCACUGAUGGAUAUGGCUCCUCGGGUCAGCCCGUCGGCACUUUGAAGUCGUGGAAAUACACUUCCAAGACUUUGUUAAUGUAUGAUGGAGCCGAUGUGGAUGACGUGCCCUUGACUGCGAAGGAAAUGGAGGAAAUGGCGAAGGGCCCACCGAAGAUGGUGAAUACGAGUGCGACGCGUUUUCAAGGGAAGGUCUUCGGAUCGAACCCUGUCUCGCUGCAACAACAGAAGGCAGUGCAAGUGGUCUACAGUCCUGUUCCCGGAGGGACCCCGGCAGCUUGGCCCUUUGCACAAAGAGAUAGAGAAAAUGCGAAGGUGCGGUAUGACCUGGAGGAGUUGCGACGUACUCCCAAAAGUAACCUCGUGGCAUUGGAUGACCCUAUGGCAGCUUCUCCGAAGAUCAAUGGGUACGGGUUUGUGUCCACGCCAUCCCCUGCUCCGGGCUCUGAUGAAUCACCAUUCAUUACCUGGGGAGAAAUCGAGGGCACCCCUAUACGUUUGGAGGCAGAGGAUGUACUGGGACUUGGCGGUGGCAGAGAUGGACCUCACUUCAAGAUUGCUGCUCAGCCGCAGCGGGAAGCACGAGGCCAUAGUCUGUCACGAAUGGCUGGUGGGAGUCUGCGGGCACGAGAGAGGAUAAUGAAGAGAACAACGAAUGCCGCCUCUCUCUCCCCUGCUUCACCUUAUAGGUCAGUUGCUGCUGCCAUGGCCGGUUCAGGGACGCCGCUUUCUGCGGCUGCACAGAAACUUGUCCGGCGAGCGAUCGCCAAGAACAGCCACACAAUGGAUCGAAAUCUCCGGGAGAGUUAUCGGUCUGGCAGCAUAGCGGCCACACCCACUCGCAGCCCUUCCUCCUCUUCUUGGAAGAGGAGGGAGGGAUCUAUUCCUCUUCAGUCUCCGUCAUCUCUGGAAUCGCCUCACAUCCGUGUCAAGAAAAGUAGCAGCGAUGUCAAACUCCAUGGAGCUCCGUCUCCAUCUGUACAAACGAAGUGUGCUUCUGGGCGGUAGAAUUUCGCGAGUGCAAUCGCAAUUAGUCUUCUUUUUCUUCUUUUUCAUUUAAUGCUGUUGAAUACGUUGGGUGCUGGCGCUUGCAGAGUUUGAGAGAAUACCUGUAGUGCUUGCUUCUCUUCUUGGAAGAAGAGGGAUGGAUGGAUGUAGGGAGGGAUGGAGGGAGGGAGGGAGGGAGGUGGGGUUCUAUUCCUGCGAAUCUCCGUCUGCGAAGUCACCUUACAUCCGUGUCAAGAAAGGCGGCCGUGAUGUCAAACUCCAUGGAGGUCCAUCACCUUCUGUACAAACGAAAUGCGCUUUGGGGUGGUAUCAUUUCCAAGUGUAGGGCUUUUUUUUCGCCUUUUGAUUUCUUUUCUUAUCCUUGUGAUGCCAAAUGAAGGAGGUGGUUUGCU